ACCAGUCGGUUGCACCUCCGACAGUUUAUAUACGUGCUUUCUCAAAACGAUAAUGUAGUGUGUUUAAAUGCGUGUCGAUUGAUCGACGGCAUAACACGUUAGAAAAUUAACGAUUUGUAAAAUUCGUGCUUUUCCUGCGCGCGGACGAGACCGUGCGAUCAAUCGCGCGCGCGAUACGUGCGUGCGAUCGAGAGUCGUGAGGAAUUCACCGGAACGCAUCGCGCAGCUAGAUUGCAAUUUCUUUGUAUCUUCUUCUUUUGAUCUUGAUAAAGUGAAUUUUUCCCUGACAGUUUUCUCGUGAAUUGUCAAUUUCCUGUGCGCGCGCGCGAGUCCGUUUUUGCGACUUCGUUUUCCGCACGUGGAAGGAAAAAAAUCGACAGAUAUCGCCACAAUGACGCUCAUGGUUGAGCCCACGAAAGCCGAGGAAGGCAACGGUCCCGUCAAGAUCGAGACCUUCGACGACAUUCUACCGUACGUCGGCGAAGCCAGCAGAUACCAGUUGUUCCUCUUCAUUUUGCUCCUGCCGUUUACCUUCGUCUACGCCUUUUUGUACUUCGCGCAGUUCUUCAUCACUCUCGUGCCUGCCGAACACUGGUGCUCAAUACCCGAGCUGGAAUACUGGAAUCUCACCGACCACGAGAAAAUUUCGUUAGCGAUACCACCGGCGACGAGCGAGGAGCUGCAAUUGGAGAGCGCCACGCCGUUCUCGAGAUGCUACAUGUACGAUGUCAAUUACACCGAGUUGCUCGAACAGGGAGUCAGAUACGCCAAUAUGUCGUGGCCGAAGAUACCGUGCCGACAGGGAUGGAAGUUCAAUCACACGAUGAUACCGUACGCCUCGAUCGCCGCCGAGCUCGAGUGGGUCUGCGACAAAACGUUUCUCGGUUCGGCGGCUCAGUCGGCCUUCUUCGCCGGCAGUAUUAUCGGCGGUCUGAUAUUCGGCUACAUAGCCGAUCAUUACGGCAGAAUCCCGGCUCUGGUGUCCUGCAACACCGUUGGAUUCUUCGCAUCCGUCGCGACCUCUUUCUGCAACAGCUUCUGGUCGUUUUGCGUCGCGAGACUGAUCGUCGGCAUGUCGUUUGACAACUGCUUCAACGUUCUCUUCAUCAUCGUGCUCGAGUACGUCGGUCCUAAGUACAGAACUCUGGUGGCGAACAUGUCCUUUGGAAUUUACUUCGCCGCCGCCGCCGGUCUUCUGCCGUGGAUCGCGUAUUGGAUCGCGGAUUGGAGGAUUUUGAGCGUCGCCACCGCCUUUCCGAUGGUUGUCGCAUUCGUCGGUCCGUGGAUCAUUCCGGAAAGCGCGCGAUGGUACAUUAUGAACAACAAGAUCGACAAGGCGAUCGAGAUGCUGAAGAAAUUCGCGAAAGUCAACGGGAAAGAAGUGAAGCAGGAGGUGUUCGACGAAUUCGAGAAGAGCUGCAGAGCCAUGAUCGAGAGGGAUCAGUCGUACAAUCAAUACACCGUGCUGGAUCUCUUCAAACUACCUCGUCUGGCUCGUAUCACUGUGGUACUUAUUGUUUACUGGCUUCUGAUGGUGUGGGUGUUUGACGGACACGUGUGGAACAUGAAGCUACUGGAUCCCGACGUGUUCACGUCGUUCUCCUUGGCCGCGAUGACCGAACUUCCGGCGGCGAUUUUGCUGGCGAUCUUCCUCGACAGAUGGGGCAGACGAUGGAUGGGCUUCGCUUCCAUGUUUAUGUGCGGCGUUUUCUCUUUCAUCGCCCUCGCCACCCCCGCCGGUGUAAUCACCGUCGCCAUGGCGAUUUUGGCGCGCCUCGGUGUCAACGUCGCCGCAAAUAUCGGUUUCCAAUUCUCGGCUGAACUAUUGCCUACCGUGGUGCGGGCGCAGGGUGUGUCUCUGAUUCAUAUUAUUGGUUACUUCGCUCACAUUAUCGGACCUUACGUAAUCUACUUGGCCGACGUUGAUCCGUCUCUGCCGCUGAUAGUUCUCGGCCUUUUGUCCUUUGUGAGCGCGGUGUUGACACUGGCGUUACCGGAGACCAUGGACCAGGAGAUGCCGCAGAGUCUGCAGGAAGGUAACGACUUCGGUAAAGAGCAGAACUUCUGGUGGAUCCCCUGCAUAUCCUCAAGUCCGCGACUGAAGAAAUCGCUGAGGAAGAACACGCAGAAGGAGGGCAUGACGAAUGCGGGCUUCCACCACGGCAGUAUUCAGACCAUCGACUCCACCAGAUUAUAGCGAUCACCCGUGUUCUCGUACAUCACGUUGAAAAAAAUUUGCCAAAUCGUUGUAAAUAUCGCGCGGUAACCGCGUGUGUGAUUUUAGGUGUUAAACUAUAUAACAACGCGAGAUAGACACGCAGAGCAACGAGUGUGUAACGAUAACGCAGUGCAAAGUACAAAGAGAGACAACGUAAGAGAGAACGUCAGGAUCCCAUUUUGAUGUGAAAUUUCACGCGCGCGCGCGCGCGCGGCGGAAUGUACGCGCAACGGACGUGAGCGCGAAUGCGUGUCAAAACGCACACUCUGAGAAAAUAGAUUAUCUUUGUUAGAUGAUAAUUUUUAUUCGCGAUGCACGUCGUGACUCGGAUCGAUUACUCCUCGCAACAUGCGAGCGGUGAAUAUGUGUGAAAUUUAUUUUCCUGUGUCAUAAUUUGAACAAACAUCACGGUAGUGAGUUCGCUGAUAAUUUUUCUAUAUCGGUUGUGAGAUCGUCAUCACGCGACGCAAGAAGAACUGAGAGUUCGAUGAGAUUUGUUUAUCUCUUAGACUACGCGCGUAUAUUUCUGGAAACAGAAAUCGCGCAAAUAUCGCGUGCCUCUAAAUUUAGCCAAUUUCAACAACGAAUAACGCGUAUUAUUACAUAAAGAGAUAUUUAACGAUUGUAAUUCAACGAUUAUUUCUGUGUUGAUUUCUUGAUGCAUCAUCAAGAGAAUCGUUAUUAAGGAAUUAUUGUACAAUUGUCAGCAACGAAGAAACGAAGUGGAUUCACAGACACACAUCCGAAGAGAGGAAAUUGUAAAUAAACACAAUGCGGACUGAGAACGAUCAUUUUUGUUAUUAUCAUUAAGAAUGAUAAGGUUCGUUUCUGAGAUUUAUUAUCAAAUUGAAAAUUUGAACCGAAGACAAAGUCACACGAGAACUUUGUACGGCUAUGAUAUAAAACUCGCUCUAUAAAAAAAAAAAAAAAAAAA